GAAAGAAACAACUUCCGCCAUGGAAAAACAUGCUUCGAAAACUUUAUUUGUGAGAAAUCUACCGUUUUCAACCACAAAUGAUAAACUUGAGUCAUUAUUUGGUGAUAUUGGCCCUCUAAAGAAAUGCUUUGUUGUGAAAGACAAAGAUUCCAAACACCCAUGUAGAGGCUAUGGAUAUGUGACAUUUUCUAUGAGCGAUGAUGCUGAAAAGGCGCAAACAGAUGUUAAGUCUCUUGAUGGAAGAAAACUGUUUGUGAGUUUUGCUGACAGGAAGAUUGAUCAAAAGAAAAAAGGCAAAAAGCAAACAGGAGAUGGAAAAGAAGAUGAGACGGUGAUAUCACCUGCAAAGGAUGCCACAAAAACAAAGCAGAACGCUGACAAGGGUCCAAAGACCUUCAUUACUCUGAGACAUGUUGGGAAAGAUGUUCUGCGAAGUGACAUUGCCAAGAUCUUAGGGAAAGAUAUUCCAGUCAGUCAGUAUGAAUUUGAGGAGGCAGAAAAUAAAGCAGUUGUACACUUUGAUACACACAAAAAUGCUGUUAAAGCUUUUAACAAACUCAACAAAAAGACAAUAAAAGGUCACUCAGUAGAAGCAGGCGUGGGACAUGGGAAACCUACAGUGGCUGAUAAACGAUCAAGACUUAUCAUUAGGAACUUAUCUUUCAAGUGUAAAGAGGAUGACUUGAAAGAAGAAUUUACCAAACAUGGCACUGUGACAGAAGUGAAAAUCCCCUCAAGGCCUAACGGGAAACAUCCAGGAUUUGGGUUUAUUCAGUUCCAAGAUGUUAAGAAGGCGGCAAAGGCUAUUGAGGCACUGAAUACAAAGGCUAUCAAAGGGAGACCAGUUGCUGUUGAUUGGGCAAUACCCAGAGAAAAAUAUAUUGCAGUUCAAGAAAAACAGAAUGAAAAAACAGAUGACUCUAAUAAAAAUGAUUCAGAUGAUAACGACUCUGAUAAUGAAAUGGAAUCAGACUCUCCUAGUGACUCAGAUAAUGAUAAUGAUAUAAGGACUAAAACUAAAAAAUCACAUAAGAUAUCAAAUCUUAAAAGAAAACAUAAAGACUCCGAUUCAAAUGAGGAUUCAGAUACAGAGGUCGAGGAAGAUUCAGAGGAUGAUGAUAAUUCAGAGGAAAGUGACCAAUCAGAUGAUGACAAAGAUUCAGACCUUGAAGGUUCAGAUGAAGGCUCUGAAAGUGAUAUGGAAGAGUCAGAUGAAGAUGAAGUUGAGACACCAACACAUCCUAAGAAAACAGAUGUAGAUGAUGGAAGGACACUCUUUAUCAGAAAUAUAAGUUUUGAGACACCUGUGGAGAAACUAGAAGAAAUGUUAUCACAAUUUGGUGAAAUAGAAUUUUGCCGUUUGGUUAUUGACCCAAAUACUGAUCAUCCAAGAGGUUCUGGGUUUGUAAAGUUUAAAACUAAAGAUGCUAUGGAGCAGUGCCUUCAGCAGGCAGAGGAAGAAGACAUGGAUGGUGGUAUUACUAUUGAUGGUCGCAAGUUAAACAUGAUUGUUGCAGUCUCCAGGGACAAAGCCCAAGCAAUAAAAGCUAGCAAGAAAGAAAAGGAACCUAAAGACAAUAGGAACUUGUACUUAGCACGUGAAGGAAUGAUCAGACCAGGUACACAGGGGGCUGAGGGUCUUGAUAAAACAGAUCUUGACAAAAGAAUGAAGGUUGAUGCAGUGAAGAGACAAAAGUUAAAGAACCCUCAGAUAUUUAUCUCAAAGACCAGACUGUGUGUACGCAACCUCCCUACAUCAACUGGUGACACUGAUUUAAGGCAGAUCUAUUUGAAGGCAACUGGGGAUAACAAGGCAAAGAUCUCAGAGUGUAGGAUAAUGCGGGACCUUACAAGAGUGAAUGAGAAAGGGGUUGCCAAGUCAAGGGGAUAUGCAUUCAUUGAGUUCACAGAACACAAACAUGCCCUAGCAGCACUCAGACAGACCAACAAUAACCCAGCCAUAUUUGGGGAAAAGAAGAGACCCAUCGUGGAGUUUUCCCUUGAGAACACUGCAGCUUUGAAUGCCAAGAAGAAACGAAUGGAGAGAAUUGAGACUAAGAAUGCGACUGCAAAGCGAGGUAAAAAUCAGCCACGCCCAAAACAAGUCAAGAAACAAAAACAGGACACAAUAGAAGAUCCAGAAUCUGAAGAAAUGAAGUUACAAAAGAAAAAGGGUCCCAAAGGUCUGCCUUCCCAUUGGGGUCCUAAAAUUAGACAUAAUCCUAGAGGUCCCGUAAAGUCCGGUGAAAAACCAAAAGAUCGUCUUAGUCGCAAGCAACUGAAGAAACAGAGAAAAUUAAAUGCAGAAACUAAUCCAGUUCCUGUUAAAAUUCACACCCCAACUACGGAAAAGAAGGCACCUAAAAAGCGGAACAGAAAGGCCAAGAAAGAGCAGACGGACAGUUUCGAUAACCUUGUCAGCAAAUACAGGAAGACAAUCACAUCUGCUAAUUUGAAGAAAAAAGGCGGGAAAUGGUUUGACUAAUCUAAAUUAAAAAUCCUAGUUGUGAAUGGAUGAAAAAAUCAAAUAUUUGAAACUCAAGGAAACAAAAUUGAAGAUAAUUUAGAAAAGUAUAAGAAUGAAAUGUACUUUCAGAAAGUGUUACAUCUAAAUAAGCUCACAAAUAAGACCCAAAGGGAGAAAUAUUUUUCACCUAAAAUGCUCACAUUUUAGGAGAGUUCUCAUUUGUAUAGAAUGAAACUGAGAAAUAUCUGUAGAGAUAUUCCAACCAUGGGUGUAUUACAUAAAAUAAUGAAUUGUACAUUAUACAAUAAAACCUAUGUUAACUUCGACAGUCAGUCACAGUAGUGUUCACUCUGGACAAGUUUUACUGCAAAUGUAUAUUUAGUAUUCGUGACAAAAGAAUGUAUAACUGUUGUAAAAGAACAAUAUAUUGUGUCAUGCAUAUAAAACAUUGAGGCUACUUGACUUACAUUUUAUCUAUGUCAAUAAUUGCAAAAAUCAAGUAGAUUCCUAUUAAUAAAUAAAAUAUAAAACAUGAAGA